GUGAACGGCCGCAUGCUCGGGCAGAAGUGGGUCAGCGGCGCGGCGGAGGGGCAGGUGCCAGAGCCGCCCGGUGCCUCCCGGUGUCCCCCCCCGCCCUCCCCACCGGUGCCGCCGCUCCCCGCCCCGCCGCAGGGACCCCCGGUGCCGCCCCAUGCGCCCCCCGGCGCGGUCCUGAGCGCCGCUGGCCACGAUGCGAGCCCAAAUCGAGGUGAUCCCGUGCAAGAUCUGCGGAGACAAAUCCUCAGGGAUCCACUAUGGCGUUAUCACCUGCGAAGGCUGCAAGGGAUUUUUCCGGAGGAGCCAGCAGAACAACGCCAGCUACUCCUGCUCCCGGCAGCGGAACUGCCUGAUCGACCGCACCAACCGCAACCGCUGCCAGCACUGCCGCCUGCAGAAAUGCCUGGCGCUCGGCAUGUCCCGCGAUGCGGUGAAGUUUGGCCGCAUGUCAAAGAAGCAGCGGGACAGCCUCUACGCCGAGGUGCAGAAGCACCAGCAGAGCCAGGAGCAGAGCGGGGGCACCAAGGAUGAGCCUGAGCCUCUGAGCCGCGUCUACACCACCAGCGUCAGCAGCGGGCUCUCGGACCUGGACGACAUCUCCACGCUGUCGGACGGGCUCCUCUUCGACUUCCCCCUCACCCCCGAUGGCAGCAGCACCUACUACAACCUCGACCUGCUCGCCUCGGCGCAGCCCUCGCCCGACCAGUCCAGCCUGGAUGUGGCCGAUGCCACGCUCAUCAAGCAGGAGUCCAUCUACGAGCUGAUGCUGGAGCCAGCCCUGUUCGCGCACGGCGCGCUGGAGGGUGCUCAGCUGGCGGCUGAUAUCUCCGUCCUCGAGAUCGACCGGGUGGCCCAGAACGUGGUGAAGUCCCACCUGGAGACGUGCCAGUACACAACAGAGGAGCUCAAGCGCCUGGCGUGGAGCCUCUACUCCCCCGAGGAGGUCCGUGCUCUGCAGAGCAAGAGCUGCGAGGCCAUGUGGCAGCAGUGCUCGCUGCAGAUCUCCAACGCCAUCCAGUACGUGGUGGAGUUCGCCAAGCGCAUCGACGGCUUCAUGGAGCUCUGCCAGAACGACCAAAUCAUCCUCCUGAAAGCCGGUUGCCUCGAGGUGCUCCUGAUCCGCAUGAUCCGCGCCUUCAACCCCUUGAACAACACCGUGCUCUUCGAGGGGAAGUUUGGAGGCAUGCAGAUGUUCAAGUCCCUCGGCUGUGACGACCUCAUCGGUGCUGUCUUUGAGCUGGGGAGGACCCUGUGCCGCCUGCAGCUAUCGGAUGAGGAGCUCGCCCUCUUCACCGCCGCCGUUCUGCUCUCCCCGGAUCGGCCCUGGCUGACCGAGUCCAAGAAGGUGCAGAAGCUCCAGGACAAGAUCUACGUGGCCCUGCAGCACGAGAUCCAGAAGAAGCACUCCGCUGAGGACAAGCUCUCGAAGAUGGUUUCCAAGCUGCCCUUGAUGAAGACCAUUUGCAACCUGCACUUGGACAAGCUGGAGUUUUUCCGUCUCCUGCACCCGGAGACUGCCAUGAACUUCCCACCCCUCUAUAAGGAGGUCUUCAACUCGGAGCUGCAGUACAGUGACCCACGGGAGAGCUAAAGCAGGGAGCCACAGGCCCUCUUCGAGUUCCCCAGAACUUGGAAGCAAACUAAACUUCAGAGGUUUGGGGAAGUUUAUUUAAGUCAAAUAAUCAAACUCAAGAGAACCCCGGGUGCUGGGGUAUAUCCCAGCCCCAUUUUCCUCGCUGUGGAUUGCGAUAGCUCUUGAAUGUAAAGCACCUUGAAGGAAAAAGCAAACGGACUUUGCCAUACCAGUGAAAUGAAUGUGAAAUCCCUGCUCGGGAGAGGAGAUGCUCCUGGCAGUGGUAAGGGACCGGCUCCUCCGGGCAGCACAGGAGGAG